GGUUGAUUUAAAGUGUCCCCAGGAGAUGUCCAAUUACACUCUCAAUUGGAACUUGUAUCGCUAAUAUGGCGGAGCCUGUCGACAACACACAACCCUCUGGAACGAACUCCAUCUCUGUUUCGUCUGUCGAAUACCUGGGCUUCCAGAAGGCCGAUAACAGCUGCAGCCAUCGGGACCUCGGUUUCACCGGCCAUAUUGCUGGCAAAUGGUAUGCCCUCUUCGGGGACACUCUCUAUUGUGAGGGAGGCGUUACUGAUCCAGCCAACGACCCGCCGGGUUUCCAUGGCAUGGUUCGCAAUGCCAUCUCUGCGACCACGGAUGAUCCCCUCAAGGUCCAUGACCUGAACCUGAACAGUGACUCCCCAGUCGCACACCAGAAGCAGUUCGUUCCGUACAAUGAAUCUUGGGGCGAGGACCGUUUCUUUGGCUUUGGCGGCACCAGCUUGGUGGAAACCGACUCUUCAUCCGCAACUGGGGCCGUAUUUUACCUAGUGAACGCCAAUGAUGCAGGCCUCAAGGGUGCAGGUGUCGCACAGGUUCAAGUCAUAAACGGUACACCCACAGUGACGGAGAGAUUCGGCGACAAAGGAUACUGGUGGGAUGCCAAGUCAAACCCCCGCUACGGCGAUGUAGCGACCUUUGCAGAUCCGCACUCGGGCUACAUCUAUGCUUGGGGCGGUGCCCCAACGUCGGUCACCGGCUGGAUCGCGGAACAAUAUGUCUACCAGAUCCGUGUUCGUGCUGCCGACGCCUUCGAUGUGUCCAAGUACGAGUACUGGUGGGGCCGGGCGGAGGGGUGGAAGAGCACACCGCUGACCAAGUUUGACUGUGAGACAGCCGUCAUGUGGGGGACUGGACAGGGCCAGAUCGUCUGGAACCAGCACUAUGGCUGCUACAUUUUUGUCCAUCUCAGUCUAGGAGGGGGUUUCGUGCUUUUGCGUACUGCCAACAAACCAGAGGGGCCUUGGACUUCUGAUGUCAAGAUAUAUGAACAGGCUGCCAUCGAUGGUGGUUAUGUUUAUGCUGGAGUGGCACACCCAUAUCUUGACGAGUCGGGUAGGACGCUGGUUAUCUCUUACACCAAUAACAAUCACAUUCAGGUGAUCAAGGCAUCAUUCAAUUGAUAGUCAAGCUGAAAUGGAGGUUGUCUGGGCAGUUGGGCGGCUUAUUUGUAUUUUGCCAAGUGUUCUCGCAAAUGCUCUUCGAAUUUUCAUUCCGUCCUCUCCCCUGGGUGACAGCUGAAUUCCUUGCCAGUUUCUUCACGGCGGCAUUUGGAGAUCACCGAGACGAUGUGGAGAAAACAAGCCAUGCCCAUCCCUGAAAGAUUCCAAGAUCCAAGAAGUCAGCCCCCUUGGAUUGGCGGUGGCAAACCUGUUUUGCGGGACUGCCUCUUUGGGAACUCUCCGCUGCCCCACCAAAACACCCAGCUCCUCGGGGGGUUGGCGGAAUUUCCAUUUACAGAAAUACCCGCCCCGCGAUGUCUUUUCCGUAAAAGGAAAGCCCUCACUAUGACGACAAGGGGG